CCAAAAACAGUCCAAGACCCUGAGAGCCGCAAUGAAGGAAGCAGCUAUCGAAGUUCUGCUCUCUUCCAUGUUGUUGGUGUGCUGCACAACAUACAAAGCAGCUGCUCUGACUGUGAGUCCCAGCAGAUCUCAGUUCUUUAUAAGAGAUUCUGUGUCUCUGAGCUGUGAGGAGAACAACAGCUCUGCUGGAUGGACUGUAUGGAGGAACACAACCAGAGGAACCAGGACUCAGUGUGGAGAUGGAUGGGGGAAACUAGCUGGUUCUACCUGUAACAUCAGCUACCUGUACACAUUAGACAGUGGAGUUUACUGGUGUUGGUCGUCCAGAGAGGGAGCAGCCAGCAGCAGCAUCCAGCUCACUGUCACUGGUGGAUCAGUGAUCCUGCAGAGUCCUGUCCUCCCUGUGAUGGAGGGAGAUGACGUCACUCUGAGCUGUCUAACCUGGACCACUCCCUCCAACCUCCCAGCUGCUUUCUAUAAAGAUGGCUCCCUCAUCAGGACUGAGCCCAAAGGUCACAUGACCCUCCACCAUGUGACCAGCUCUGAUGAAGGCCUCUACAGGUGUAACAUCAGGGGUCAUGGAGAGUCUCCAUCCAGCUGGAUCUCUGUUGAAGGUCAGCAGCUUCUCUCUCUGCCUCAACCUUCAUUAAGAGACAAGAAUUAA